AUGGCUUUUAGAAAGUAUCCCGCAAAGUUUGUGGGAUACGCUACAGUUUUAAAUGAUGUAUACAGCUGUUUCGGUUGGAUCAUCAUCUUUACCAAGCAAAUGUUAGAAGAACGAUUGCAUUUAGAGUUAGAAAAUUUGAAAACUGAUCUGACAGCAACUGUUCAGCAGUUGGAUGCAAAAACACAAGCCGUUUCUAUUUUAAACGCAUCACUAGAAAAAUGCAAAAAAGAAAAAAACGAGUUUAAAAAAAUGGCUGAGCAGGUAAUGAACCGGUAUCAGAUACUUAAACGAACUGUCAUGGAGUGCGAUAAUGAUGAGUAUUCUAAUCAUGACAUGAUGCAUUUAUCGACCAAACAGCUGGCAUCGUUAUUAGUCGAAAGUCGAGAAGCUAACAAAGGAUUAGAACAUGAACUGAUGAACUCUAAACGAAAAAUUGGGGAGCUCCAAGGCGAUAUUAAAGUACUGAGAAAACAGCUGAGAGACCGUUCAUUAGAGAAUCGUUCAAAAGCAGAUACCAAAGUUUGCGGAGAUGAUCGUCAAAGUUAUGUAACACAGUUAGAGGAACUUACCUUCCAGCUUUCAGAAGUCAAACGUGAACUGAGUAGGUGCCUUGAUGAAAAACAAGAGAUUGCAACUGAGCGAGACAUCUAUCGUAACAAGUGUGACAGAUUAAACAAUGAACUGAAUUACAUUUUAAGUGGCGAUGAACGAAAGAUUGUGGAUAUUGACACGUUGAUUACUGAAAGCAAAGUACUGAAGGAUCGAAUUGAAUCAUUGGAAAUAGAGAAGUCUUUAGCUUUGAAUACAGUCAAUAAAUACAAGAAACUUUUAGAUCGAAAAGCGUCAAAACAUUCAUCAGUUAGCAGUGAAAGUUGUAUUACACCUGCAGCAUCACCUCAACAUCAAGAGAAAACAAUAUGA